GCACCCUCCAAGACUUCAACCACCUUCAAACAUAUCCUCUCUCAAACUUCAUCAUCCAUUGCUUUCUUCUCCAUGGAAUGGACUCGAGGGCCGACCAUUGGCCGAGGCUCCACCGCCGCCGUCUCUUUAGCCUCCGCCACAAACAUCCCCGGGUGCCUCUUUGCGGUGAAGUCGGCCGAGCUCUCCCACUCCCUCCCCUUGCAAAGGGAGCAGUCUAUUCUGUCCAAGUUAAGCUCUCCCUACAUAGUCAACUACUUGGGCUUUGACAUCACAAGGGAGGAUGGCAAGUCUCUCUACAACCUCUGGAUGGAGUAUAUGCCGGGAGGCACGCUCCGGGAGCUUAUCGUCCAGCGCGGGGGAUUCCUCGAUGAGCCAACAGUCCGGUCCUUCGCGGGCCGGAUCGUGGAAGGCCUAAGCUACCUCCACAGGAAUGGGAUAGCUCACUGCGACUUGAAAGCUCAGAAUGUGCUCAUCGGGGAGAACGGUCCAAAGAUCGCAGACUUCGGUUGCGCAAAGUUGAUUGGGAGAAACCCGACUCGGGGUGCUCUCGUGAAUUUUUUGGGCACCCCGAUGUUUAUGGCCCCGGAGGUUGCUCGGGGCGAGGAGCAGGGGUUCGGGGCUGAUGUAUGGGCUCUCGGGUGCUUGAUCAUCGAGAUGGUCGCUGGGGCCAGUCCGUGGACUAAUGUGUCCGACCUGGUGUCCCUUCUUUACCGGAUCGGCUUCUCCGAGGACGUUCCUGAGAUCCCUGCUUGGUUGUCUGAGGAUGCUCACGACUUCCUCAACAAGUGCCUGAGCAGAGACCCGAGGCAGAGGCAGACGGCAGAGCAGUUGCUCGGCCAUCCAUUUCUUUUCGGGUGGGAUCGUUCAGCCAAGGUAGGCAGGCUCGACAUGGAUUCUCCUAUCGGGGUCCUGGAUCGACGAUUCUGGGAUUUGACUGAAGGGAUGGCGUCGGAACUAGACCUUGAAACUAGUCCGAAUGUCGGGGCGUACAGCGAGACUGAUUCAGCUUCUGCUGGUAAGAGGAUCAUGAGACUGAAUGGGAUUACCGGCUCGAUUACCGUCAUGCCUGAUUGGACCGACACGGCGGAUUGGGUCACCAUUAGAAGCCAUGAUCAGGAGAGACCCGAACCGAGCUUAAAUGAUUCAAUCUCGGAAGCGAGACCUUCGACAACUAAUCAUGAUGAGGCAGAGCUCGAGCUUCCCAUUGCAGCAAACAAUGAUUUGUAUCAGUUAUUGUUCCAUGAGGAAAAUUCUGGUGUUUCAACAACAUUUAACACAAAUCCUGUAUUCAUGACCCACUGUCACAAAGUUGUCCAUGAUGAUUUCGGAUUAAUGAACUUCGACUUCGACACGGAUAAUGUCAACAUUAAUAUUCAUGACUUAGAGCAACAGUCUUUGCUUGAAUUGCUUCUGUUAUUUGCUGCAACUGAAUUUUCCAUCUUAUAUAUUUCAAUAUGGUGUGAAUAGCAUUGAUU